AUGAAGAUGGAACUGGCCUUUGUUUCUACCACAAACCAGCAAGAGACAUUGGAUUCAAAGACAGGUCUUCCUGGUUUCUGUCCCAACCACAAGAGGCAGUUGGACUCUAGACAAUCCACUGAAGCACAAAUGGGUCUGGGCCCUGGUGGGUUUAUUCCGUCUUCUCAGCCAAUGCAAACACCUCUCAACAUUAAUUCUAGGAUUGAGAGGGGAAUGCGGAGAGACUUCACAUUUUCUGGAGGAAGGAAAGAACACUAUGGUAUUUGGGCUAUUUCUGGAAUAGUGCAUCCUCCUGAGUAUGUCCCUUUAGGAAUAUCACUGACACGCUGGAGGUCAUCCAAAGAGAAGAACAGAAUGUGCUGA